AUGGUGGAGGAUGUGCUUUCCCUAGCUGUCGAGCUCUGUGUGCAGGGAGAACAUCGAGUGGUUCAGACACUCAAAUAUUGGACCGUCAAAGCUAGGAUUCAAGGGGAUGAGAGGAAACCAUGGACGAGCUCCAUAUGCCCAAUGAGUGGAAUACAUUGCAAAAUCGGAGCCAGAAACUGGCAAGAAUUGAAACUUUCCGAAAAGCAUUCAAAUGCGCAUGUGUUUGAUGACAUCCUGGCAAAGGGCGCCACUCGAAACUACAACACAAAGCCCAAUGAAAGGAUGCAUGGGCCAUUGCGUGCUAUCUACCUCUGGCAGACAAAUUUCAAAAAUGUCACUACCCAGGUCCUUCGCUAUGACCACUGGCUGCUGAUGUCAAUGUCAAUGCAUUCUGAGGUCGAUGACCUGGAUGAGUACACACGCCAGAAAGUCGUUGACCCUGAGGCAGCAAGGCAACCAGUCUUUUCACAGAUCGAGCAGGAGCAUGCAGCAGACACGGCCUUUUCUGGGUUUCGAGUUAGGUUGAACAACUUCUUGAACAAGUUCCUGCCUCAACAUGGAAUUCCCCUCCCAGAUGGGAGGCGUGUACAUUUUCGAGCUGAUGACUAG